AUGUUCAGAUCAAGCCAGUUACUUAGGAAUGGAAUUCGUGGUAUGCGCAAUGCUCGCAUACCAAUUAUUCAAUUGAAACCAUCGCCAUUCAUGCCUAUGAGAGCACAACUCUACUCAACAAAAGCAAAUAAUGAACCACCAAAAUUACGUUUCCUCUUUUACAUGUUUAUUUUUGCUUCAGGUGUGCUAUACGUUACAGGUAGUCAAAUAGAGAAAAAGAAGCCCAAGAGUAGUUUUACCGAGAAGGAAUUUGAGGAAUAUGAAAGUAGUAGUGGGUUGAAAAGACGUAGUAAGUUGAUCUCCACGCAAGAUGCAGAGAAAUAUAAGUUUUUCGUUGUUCCAUAUGUUCACCAGAACGAGUUUAUUACUAAGAUCGCUCAAAAGCUUGGAGAUAAGGAAGUCAGAAUUAUCGAUCCUGAAGAACUCAUUAAGCGUGAAAGAGAAGAUGAGUCAAGACAUUACUCUUAUUUAUUGCAAGACUUAGCCCAAGAGGAUAAGCCAUUGCCAAAAGGUUUAGUUACGGCUUUGAUUAAGGAUGAUAUUAAAUUUUAUUUAAAUACAAGGAACGGAACUUUUGAUACUAACUUUCUCAUUAAAAACUAUCCUCAAACUACGGACGAAGCUAUUAAAUUUGAGAAUGACAUUUCAGAUAUUCUGAAGUGUAUAGUACUUCAUUAUGAUAUGUUGAACGAAUUAAAGAAGAAUAAAGGUGAGGAAAAUGCAAGAUUGAUUAACAACGUCGUUGGUUACUACGAAACUGUGAACAAAGCCAAGAUCAUCACCGCUAAACAUGAUGAGUUAGAUGAUAAAUUACAAGAAAUCUCAUUAGAAUUUAUCUAA